CUUCUUGUUCUUUCAGGACCCUGCAGCUUGUUUUGGUUCCUCGACUCCUCAGGAAGGAUAAAAGAGAUGGAUCCUGCCAAGCUAGCGAGGAUGGAAGGGGGGAGAUGGACAGAUGACCUGGUCAGGUUGUCUCCUGCAUCCCUCCCCACAACCUCUGAGCUUCCCCUCCCAGGGACCUUGGAGAGAUCUGACAGUGAUGAAUUGGAAGGGAAGAACAAGUGGAACCACAACAGAAUCCACAUAGUGGAGAAGUCAUAUAAAUAUUCAGAGUGUGGAGAGAACAUCUGUCAGAGCUCCCAGUCCACCUCCCAUCAAAGAAUGAGCUUCAUUCAGAGAGAUAGCCUCACUACACACGAAAGAGCACAGAGUAGGGAGAAAUUGUAUCAAUGCAGAGAAUGUGUAAAGAGCUUCAGUCGGAAGGAUAGUCUCAUUUCCCAUCAAAGAAUUCAUACAAGGGAGAAACCCUAUCAGUGCUUGGAAUGUGGAAAGAGCUUCAGCCAGGGGAUCUAUCUAACUUCCCAUCAAAGAAUUCAUACAGGGGAGAAACCCUAUCAAUGCUUGCAGUGUGGAAAGAGCUUCAAUCGAAAGGAUCAUCUCACUUCCCAUCAAAGAAUUCAUACGGGGGAGAAACCCUAUAAGUGCACAGAAUGUGGGAAGAGCUUCAGUCAAAGGGCCAAGCUCACUUCCCAUCAAAGAAUUCAUACUGGGGAGAAACCAUAUCAGUGCUAUGAAUGUGGAAAGAGCUUCAGCCAGGGUGUCUAUCUCACCUCCCAUCAAAGAAUUCAUACAGGGGAGAAACCCUAUCAGUGCUUGCAGUGUGGAGAUGGCUUCAAUCGGAAGGAUCAUCUUACUUCCCAUCAAAGAAUUCAUACGGGGGAGAAACCAUAUCGGUGCUUCGAAUGUGGAAAGAGCUUCAGAAAGAGCUCCCAUCUCACUUCUCAUCAAACAAUUCAUACAGGGGAGAAACCCUACCAGUGCUUCGAAUGUGGAAAGAGCUUCAGCCAGGGGAUCUAUCUCACUUCCCAUCAAAGAAUUCAUACAGGGGAGAAGCCAUAUCAAUGCCUGGAAUGUGGAAAGAGCUUCAGUUACAGGCUGAGUCUCACUUCCCAUCAAAAAGCUCAUACAGGAGAGAAACCUUUUCAAUGCCAUGAGUGUGGAAAGAGCUUCAGUCACAGACAGAGUCUCACUUCUCAUCAAAAAAUUCAUUCAGGGGAGAAACCUUAUCAGUGCUUAGAAUGUGGAAAGAACUUCAGUCACAAACAGAGUCUCACUUCCCAUCACAGAAUUCAUACAGGGGAGAAACCCUAUCAGUGCUUCGAAUGUGGGAAGAGCUUCCGGGAGGGGACUAAGCUCUCUUGCCAUCAACGGAUUCAUACAGGGGUGAAACCCUAUCAUUGCUUAGAAUGUGGAAUGAGCUUUAGUCAAAGUGCACAUCUCACUUCACACCAACGAAUUCAUACAGGGGUGAAACCCUAUAAGUGCUUAGAAUGUGGAAAGAGCUUCAUUCUUAGGCAAAGUCUCACUUCCCAUCACAGAAUUCAUACAGGGGAGAAACCAUAUCAGUGCUUAGAAUGUGGAAAGAGCUUUUUGGAGGGGACUACGCUCUCUUCCCAUCAAAGAAUUCAUACAGGAGAGAAACCUUUUCAAUGCCAUGAGUGUGGAAAGAACUUUCGUCACAGUUCCAGUCUCACUUCCCAUCAAAGAAUUCAUACCGGGACAAAACCCUAUCCGUGUUUGGAAUGUGGAAAGAGCUUCAAUCGAAAGGAUAGUCUCACUGCCCAUCAAAGAACUCAUACAGGUCAGAAACCGUAUCAGUGCUUUGAUUGUGGGAAGAGCUUUAGUCAAAUCUCGAAUCUCAAGACCCAUCAAAGAAUUCAUACAAGGGAGAAACCCUUAUGGAGGCCUCCUCCUCCGGUAACAGGACACCCAUUAAGCGUUCAGCAGCAGUCUCGUAUCUCAGCAACUCAUAUCUGAUCACAUGCUGUACAUCAAAUCAAAAGAAAUAAAAGCAUAACAUAAUAUAAAUAUAGCAACAGUGCGAGGAGCAUCUCACACAGACAUCCUGUCUGUCUGGGAGACGGAACAAAAAGAUGAAAAACAAAAGCACAAAAACGGAAGUUCUGUGUCUGAGUUUUCAGAAGUGUGGAAUGUAAAUAAGGAUCACAUGAUCCAGCAAUGGGAAACUGAAAAUACCGUACUAACAUCCUAUCCCUUUUCAUGACAACCAUUUCUGCAUAUUUA